GAGAGUUGCAGGGAAUUGUAAAAUUUCUGUACCUUAUGAAAUCACUUGAGUUUUAUUGUCAGCUUUGGAAAUAUCUGUGUUUUAUGACUUCUACUUUUCUAAUGGCUCUGCUCAGAGGUGCUGUAUCCAGGGUCCUCUCAGUGAUGAAGUUGCACUGCUUGCUGACAUCCACUACGUGUCUUCCUCCCCUUUGCAGAGGGAUGUGCAGUGGAGUUCUGGAUUUGGAAGGUAUAGGGGAUAUGCGUGUGUGAGUGUAUUUGCUGUCGAAAUGCCUGCUGUUACAUGUUUGUGAUGGGAAUGGGAAACACCCUGAAGUACCAGGCUGAAGACUGUAGUGCAGUGAGCAGCAGGAGGUGAUGAGUUGUCCUAAAGAGAAUUGAUUUCUCCUCUGUAGCUGGGGGCCUUGGGGUGAUUAUAUCGACCAUAAAGAGCAGAUUUACCUUGUUUGUAACUCCUGUUCAGAUCUAAGUUGUCACCUUCACCUUUGUUUCAGGCAGGCCUCAAAUAGUUUUCUUCUUAAAAUUAUUAUUAUUUUUUAAGGGAGUCUGAACUCCCUGCAUGUUUUAGCCUUUAUUUUUAAGGAUAUUCUAGAAAUCUUUUUUUUUUUUUUGUAAAGGAAAGUGAAUUUGUACAUUGACAAUUUAAGUGCAUUUGGUAUGUAAUCUGUUUUAACAAGAUGUUUUUAUGUUUUCUGGUUUACUGGUUCCUUUUUUUUUUUCUUUUAUAGAGAAGACUGAAUGCAGAGCUUUCUUACUUUUUCAUUCUUUUUUUCGUUCUUUAUUGUCUUAGGAUGAAUAUUUAAACAGCGCUCUUCAAUCUUGCUUCAAAAUGUCCCUGUGCACAUCAUCUCACAAGGACUUUUCUCAGUUGCUGCCACUUCAGGAUAUUGGAUGUAAUAAAACAGAAAUUAAAAAUUCACCUGCUGCUGUCAUCUCUCCAGCUCCUUACAGCUGCAAUCAGUCCACUCUGACAGCGGAACACAGUCCAGUCUACAUCCCCUCAUCUUACGUGGAAAACAGACACGAAUAUUCCACCGUGGCAUUCUGCAGCCCUGCUGUGGUGAAUUACAACAUUGCCAGCAAUUUUGGGGACCCAGAGGCCGUGACUGCGAGGCAAAGCUCCAGCCCCAGUGCGCUGUGGUCUGCUCCUGGCCAUCUGUCCCCCCUGACCCUGCACUGCCAGUCCUCCCUGCUGUAUGCAGAGCAGCCCAAGAGCCUGUGGUGCGAGGCACGACCGCUGCAGCCAGUGCUGCCCGGGAGCAGAGAAACAUUAAAAAGAAAAACUAAUGGCAAUGACUGUACAAGCCCAAUUGCAAAUAAUCCUGGCUCAAAAAAGGAUGCCCACUUCUGUGCAGUCUGCAGUGACUAUGCUUCAGGAUACCACUAUGGGGUCUGGUCCUGUGAAGGCUGCAAAGCUUUUUUUAAAAGAAGCAUUCAAGGACACAAUGAUUACAUCUGCCCAGCCACCAAUCAAUGCACGAUCGAUAAAAACCGGCGCAAGAGCUGCCAGGCGUGCCGGCUGCGGAAAUGCUACGAAGUGGGGAUGAUGAAAUGUGGCUCAAGAAGAGAACGCUGCGGGUACCGGAUCCUGCGGAGCCACCGCGGUCCCGAGGAGCGGGUGCACUGCCUGGGCAGAGCCAAGAAAUACAACGAGGCAGCGACGCGGGUGAAGGAGAUCCUGCUGAGCACGGUGAGCCCGGAGCAGUUCGUGUUGACGCUGCUGGAAGCGGAGCCGCCCCACGUGCUGGUCAGCCGGCCCAGCAAACCCUUCACUGAGGCCUCCAUGAUGAUGUCCCUGACCAAGCUGGCGGACAAAGAGCUGGUGCACAUGAUCGGCUGGGCCAAGAAAAUUCCCGGCUUCAUUGAUCUCAGCCUGUAUGACCAAGUAAGGCUCUUGGAGAGCUGCUGGAUGGAAGUUCUAAUGAUUGGUUUGAUGUGGAGAUCAAUCGACCAUCCCGGGAAACUGAUUUUUGCACCAGACCUUGUAUUAGACAGGGAUGAGGGGAAAUGUGUAGAGGGAAUUUUGGAGAUCUUUGAUAUGCUCCUGGCCAUGACCUCGAGGUUCCGAGAGCUGAAGCUGCAGCACAAGGAGUAUCUGUGUGUAAAGGCAAUGAUCCUCCUCAAUUCCAGCAUGUUCCCCUUGUCAGAAGAGGAACCUGAAAGCAACAGGAAACUGCACCACCUGCUCAACGUGGUCACAGAGGCUUUGGUGUGGGUUAUUGCCAAGAGUGGGAUCCCCUCACAGCAGCAGACAACUCGCCUGGCCAAUUUGCUGAUGCUCCUCUCUCACGUCAGGCACGCCAGUAACAAGGGAAUGGAGCAUCUCCUGAGCAUGAAGUGUAAGAACGUGGUGCCAGUGUAUGACUUGCUUCUGGAGAUGUUGAAUGCUCACACCCUCCGAGGGCAAAGGAAGCCCCUGGCCACACACCCUGAGUUUGGGCCAUUGGAGCAAAUGGAGCCUGGAGACAGCCUGAGGAAGGGGGCACCCCAGUAA